UUCCAGCUAAAGCUACCAGACGCUGGGAGAACUCCUCCUCAACAAGAGCUGCAGACUGAAGAAUAACGCCUUUGCCUGCCCAGAGUCUCUGGCUGCCCUCAGUGGAAAGAGUGACAGCAUACAAACAAGACACACGUGCACACAAUGCGGACCAUCAUCACCCUCACGCUCCUGGCUGUCUUGGUGAUGGCAGCUUUCUGUUAUGAGUCCCACGAGAGUAUGGAGUCCCAUGAGUUUAUUAGUCCCUUUGUUACCAGGCAAAGUGCUCAUGACUUUAUGAGACCGGAUCCAAGACAAAAAGCUAUUAUGCGCGAGAGGAUCAGAGAAAGACAUAAGAGCCCCCAGGAACGCCAUAGAGAGAUCUGUGAGGACUACUACCCAUGUGAGCGCUAUGCCUACCAUCAUGGCUAUGCUGCUGCCUACAAACGUUUCUUUGGAAAGAGGACAACCAAAUAAGGGUGACAACUGCCCUAUUCCAGGACCUGGAGCCUGGGUUCUGUACCUAGAAAGAGUGAUAGCCCUGAAAAAUAUUAAGUCACUUGUUAACCGUAUGCUAUCCUGCCUGCUGCUUCACUCUUCUAUAGAGUCUCUGUUAAUUAGUGCAAAGCUGAUGUAGUGGAGGUCAGACAGGAAUCAGGAUGUGGGUGUUUGUUACACAAUAAACUGCUGGUUUGAUACUA